CUUCCUCGUCCUCGCGUCAUCCAGACGUCAGUUCCUUGUUAUGGACUUUUGCAUAGAUAGGCUGCUGAUUAUCAAUCCAGCUAACCUACAGUACAUGUACAACUUUUGUACGCUAACUUCCAGCUAUUAAAUCACACAUUCCUGCAGUUCACACGCGAUAUUUGUUUUCUAGCACAAAAUGGCAGUGGACUGGUGGGGCUUUGCCUAUGCUGCAGCUCUUGCUCUGGGAGGAUUUAUGGGAUAUAAAAGAAAAGGAAGUGUGGUGUCAUUGAUUGCUGGACUCUUCUUUGGAAGUGUGUCUGCUUAUGGAGCGUUUCGAAUAUCAAAUGAUCCACAGGAUUACUGGACCUCUCUGAUGUCUGCUGGCGUACUGGCAGUUGUGAUGGGAAUGAGAUUCAGGAAAUCUGGAAAGUUAAUGCCCGCGGGCAUCAUGGCAGGACUGAGCCUCCUGAUGGUUUUCCGGAUUCUGAUCUUCUAAGAGCUCAUGGACAGACACACACGCACUUCCUGACAACAUGCACUAAACAGCUGCAAUGUUCAUAUCACAAUAUUAUAACUGUGUCUUGUACAUUCCAAAUAAAUCUGUCCAUUUUA